AUGUCUUGGUUUCACUGGCUCCUCACUCAGUGGGUUCCCUUGCUGCUGCUUCUCAAUGUGCUGGGCAGACAGACAGGGCUGCAGGUGGUAAAGGCGAUACUGUGUUCUCCGUGGGGUACACCGAGCAACAAGGGCCUCUCCCAGGAUGGAGAUGUGAUUAUCGGUGGCCUCCUCAGUCUGUUUUACAUACCCUCAGCCAUAGAGCAGGGCUUCACCAGACUGCCACAGUAUAAACCUUGCACUGGUUUAGAUCUAGAGACAUUAAAAUAUAUGUAUGCUAUGACGUUUGCGGUGGAUGAAAUCAACCGUAACACCACCCUGCUACCAGGAGUGAAGCUGGGCUACCGUAUACUUGAUAGCUGUAGCCGAUACCCCUGGGCUAUGCAAGCUGCACUGUCACUGGUUGGAGGAGACACAAACAGCUGCAAUUUAACAGCCUCUAUAUCUCAAUCUGCACCUGUUCCGUUGCUCAUUGGCGCUUCCACAUCCUCAACAGCCAUAAUACAGUCAAGGAUCCUGGGGCCUCUCUCUGUACCUAUUAUAAGUUACUUGGCAAGCUGCCCCUGUCUUAGUGACAGGCUCAAGUUUCCUAACUUCUUCAGAACAAUCCCCAGUGAUACUUACCAAGCCAGAGCCAUUGCACGACUGGCUAUACGCUUCAACUGGACUUGGAUUGGGGCAGUUAUAGUAAACAAUGAUUAUGGUCAAGGGGCAAUACAGACAUUUCAGGAAGAGAUUCGAGGGAAAGGGGUGUGUUUGGAUUUCAUAGAGACUGUCCACAGAGAAACUAUUGAACGUGAUGCCAGACAUGCAGCAAACACAAUUCAAGCUUCGACUGCAAGGGUGAUUCUGAUUUUUUGCUGGUAUACGGAUGUAAAGAAACUAUUUCUUGAACUGGCCAAGAGAAACGUGACUGACAGACGGUUUCUGGCCAGUGAGGCUUGGAGCACCAGCAGUGAUCUUCUCCAAGAUCUUACCAUUUCUGAGGUGGCAAAUGGAGUUCUUGGUGUGGCCAUUCGAAGUUCGACUAUACCUGGAUUUGAAAAUUAUCUCAAAACUUUGCACCCAAAUCAUCGUCCCAACGAUGAAUUCUUAAGAUAUUUUUGGGAAAAAGAGUUCAAUGGGACAGAGUCCCUGGAGGGCAUGCAGCAUGUCUUUACUGACACCUCCCAGUUAAGAGUGGCAUAUAAUGUCUACCUUGCUGUUUAUGCAGCGGCCCACGCCCUUCACAGCCUUCUUUCCUGCCCCAACAGAGAUAACCCUCAUAGAAGCAACAGCUCCACCUGCUCCUCUCCAAAACAUGUCACACCCAUAGAGCUGUUACAGCACUUGAACAAAGUGAACGUCACCACUCCACAGGGAGAAAUGUUUUAUUUCCAAGGGGCUGACAUUCCAGCCAUGUAUGACCUGGUCAACUGGCAGACAACUCCUGAGGGGCCAUUAAAACUGGUUUUGAUUGGUCGUGUGGAUGAGUUUGAUCUGCACCUUAAUGAGUCAGCUAUUCAGUGGAGCACAGGAUCCAAUCAGGUGCCAAUUUCAGUGUGCAGUGAGAGCUGCCCCCCAGGUACCCGAAAGGCCAACAGGAAAGGGGAACCUGUCUGCUGCUUUGAUUGUAUCCCAUGUGCUGAAGGAGAGAUUAGUAAUAAAACGGGUUCCCUUCACUGUGAGCGUUGUCCAUCAGAGUUUUGGUCCAAUGCUAACCAAACUGCUUGCAUCCUUCGCCAGCUGGACUUUCUUUCCUUUAAUGAGACCUUGGGCAUUACUCUGACUACAGCAGCUGUGUCUGGUGCCAUCUUGACAACAGCUGUCUUUGUGGUUUUUCUUUCAUACCGUCAAACACCCAUGGUACGAGCCAACAAUUCAGAACUGAGCUUCCUGCUUCUUCUGUCGCUGAAACUCUGCUUCCUGUGCUCACUGGUGUUCAUUGGUCGUCCAUCAGUCUGGUCUUGUCGGUUCCAGCAAGCAGCAUUUGGGAUCAGCUUUGUACUUUGUGUUUCUUGCCUCCUGGUCAAAACCAUAGUGGUUCUGGCUGUUUUCCGCUCAGCUCGACCUGGUGCUGAAGCCUUGAUGAAGUGGUUUGGUCCAGGCCAACAGAGAGGAAGUGUCUUCCUCUUCACCUGUAUACAGGUUAUCAUCUGUGUCAUAUGGCUGUCCCUCAGUCCCCCUGUGCCCCAACAUGAUCUGGGUUUUCAAGGGUCAAAGGUCACCCUGGAGUGUGCCAUGACCUCUGUGGUGGGCUUCUCUGUGGUUCUGGGUUACAUUGGGCUGCUUGCCUGCACCAGCCUCAUCUUGGCCUUUCUUGCAAGGAAACUCCCUGAUAACUUUAAUGAGGCCAAACUGAUCACUUUCAGCAUGCUGAUCUUCUGUGCUGUCUGGGUGGCAUUUGUCCCUGCUUAUGUUAGUUCUCCUGGGAAAUAUGUAGUCGCUGUGGAGAUUUUUGCAAUCCUGGCCUCAAGCUAUGGAUUAUUGUUCUGUAUUUUUGCCCCCAAAUGUUUCAUCAUUCUUUUGAGGCCUGAGAAAAACACUAAAAAACACCUGAUGGCAAGAUAG